AUCCAUUCCUAAUCACUUAAUCUUUAACAUAAUCAGCAGCUACAAGUUGUCAAGCUUAGGGUGCUUCAGAAAUGGCUUCCAAUCGUAAAACAUCAGUUGUCCUCUUUCUAGUCCUAAAUCUUCUCUUCUUCACCCUUACUAGUGCAUGUGGCACUUGCCAACCAAAUCCUAAACCAAACCCGAAGCCAAGCCCCAGCCCCGGAAAGGGCACUUGCCCUAUGGAUGCCUUAAAAUUAGGGGUAUGCGCUAAUCUUCUAGGUGGAUUGCUUGGUGUUACCAUUGGGACACCACCAAAAACUCCAUGCUGCUCCCUUAUCCAAGGCCUAGCCGACCUGGAGGCGGCGGUCUGCCUUUGCACUGCCAUUAAAGCCAAUGUUUUGGGCAUUAACCUCAAUGUUCCUCUUUCCCUUAGCUUGCUUCUUAAUGUCUGCUCCAAGAAGGUUCCACCAGGCUUCAAAUGUGCCUAGACAACCUAGUUUUUUACACUACCGUCCUCAGUCCUACGAGUUUGUUCUUUUAAGAUUAUUGCAAUCAUGUGCUUUGGUAUCUUCUGGUUCCCUUUUUAGCAAAUAAUAAGAAAGAAAAAAAAUAAAUAAAAUGUUUUUCAAUUGUGUGAGUGAUUUUAUAUCUUCAGAGGCUGUCAUUUUAACUGAGGGCUGCUAUUAGCUUGUAUUUUCAUAUAAUACUUAUCCAAAUUGUAUCCAUGUUUCAUUUUA